AUACCCAAACUGUUGAAAGUCAAAAGUGCCUCUGUAAGGCGUGAUCAGUUAUUCUUAGUUUCUUCUCAUUCUGCAGCCUGACAAGGAGAAAAACGUCUUGAUUUACUUCGAUUCUUGUGUGGAAAAGGUCUUCACCUUGUCACGACCCGACAUUUCUGUCCUGAGGGAGUCCAGUUCCCUCGUUCUCCCUUCACCCCAGAGGUGAUUUGUAGAGUGAAUAAUGCUAUUAUGAGACCCCACCACGAGUCAUAAAAACGGACAAAAACACAUUACAGAUCAGCCCCGUGAACUGUGCAGCAUGAAAAUCAUCGCUGUGUAUUCUUUCACUACUUUAACUGAAUUAUAUAACUUAUAAUGAUAUGCUUAUUGUAAUUACUCUAACUGCACAACAGUGUCAUUUACACAAUUACAUCAGGGUGUUUCUUCAAAACAAAGUUAACACAAAACGUUGGGCCCCUGCAGCCGGAGUGAAGACGACGUGAAGCCCUGAAACUCACCGUUGUCUGUCAAACUCGGGGGCCGACGCUCUUUCACCUGCACACACAUGGUUUCCUUUUAACGCGUCAAACAUUCCUCCGCUAACGACGCGCUAGAGGUUAGCAGCAUUUAUCUUGGGAAUGUGCUUUUUUCCCGCUCAGGACGGGACCCCGGGUUACGGGGAACCUGUCGAUGCCGCUUCAUAUCUGGAUAAGCAGAAACAGGUUGGAGGAGAGGUAGGGAGGGGUCUGUUUGGGUCCCUUUUUGUGGCAUCAAUGUAAUGUAAUUUUUGUGAUGUAUCAUUCUAUGAUACAAUAUAAGGUGUUUCUCCUUUUAUGGCUUAUAUUAUUUAUACAUUGUGCUCUUUAGAGUGUACAUAUAUUUAUUUCUUUUGAUUAUUCUUUUAUUUGUAUUUUUACAUCUGUGGAGGGAGGGGCAUAGCAAAAAUAAAAAAAAUAAAAACCUGAUUGUACAGAGAAACCUGUUGAACUGUACACAUGCCAAUGCAUACAAUUGUUGACUGAGAUUUUUUUACUUCACAUUAUCAUGUGUGCACGUGAUUAACGGCUUUGGUUUCAUUCGACAGAUGAACAGAUAUCAGAGGUUAGAGGAAGAGGAGAAGAUAAAAGGCGUCUUCAUUCCAAGCUUCCUGCCCGGGGGCCGCUGAAGCUUUGUGGAGCGCCGAAGCCAACCCCUGUGCAGAGUGUCAUAGGUACGUGGAAGCUGAUGGAGCAGAUGAAGGACCCGAAGCAGCAGAGCUACUGGCAGGAGACGGGCCGAUGGGCGGGCUGCGAGGAGAGCUACGACCCCCAGUCCGGGGUGUGGUCGUCCUUGACCAUUUCCUACCUCACCUUCAAGAGCCUUAUCCACCUGCGACGCACCAUGAACACAGGUGUGACGAUUUUUAACAGCGAAAAGCGGACGCUGUCCGACAUCGCAGAGGAGAUGGUCACUGAGAUGGUUAACAAGAAGGAGAUCAGACCUGGGGACCGGGAGGGAGUGCUAAAAUCUCUUCUUCAAAACCACAGCCAAUCAGACGACCUGGAGAGACAAGCCAUGACUGAUGGGGCGGACCUGCAGAAGUUUUCAGUCAAGGACAGAAGGGAUGAAUCAGACCAGGUCGAGGCCUCCAUGGUGCUCGUAGGCGCCUUGGACUUUCUAGAAAGGCCUACAGUCGUGUUUGUGAGUUUGAAGGAAGCUGAGCAGCUCGACUCGACCUUGGAGGCCCCGGUGCCCGUGCGCUUCGUCUUUGCUCUGGUUGGCCCCAGCGAGACGGACAUGGACUACCGCGAGACGGGGCGUGCUAUGGCAGCACUGAUGGCUGACAAGGUUUUCAAUCAGACCGCAUUUUUGGCAACGAGCGCCCGUGAACUGACGGACGGCAUGGCCGGCUUCAUGGACUGCUGCAUCGUCAUCCCGCCCACAGAGAUCCAGGACGAAGCGAUGCUCAGCUCCAUUAUCAGCUUUCAGAAGAAGCUACUCGAGGACAGGCUCCAGGCCCCGGGCCCCGCCGUCCGCAAGGACCCCACAUUUUUCAGGCGUUCCUCCUCUACUGGUCCCGAAGCUGAAGACCCCCUGUCCCGUACCGGUCGGCCAUUUGGUGGGAUGAUGCGAGACGUGAAGAGGCGCUACCAGUACUACAAGAGUGACAUCACAGAUGCUCUUAACGCCCAAGUCCUUGCAGCUGUCAUUUUCAUCUACUUUGCCUCCCUGUCUCCCACCAUCACCUUCGGGGGGCUGCUGGCUGAUAAGGUGGAAAACAUGAUGGGCGUUUCAGAGCUCCUCAUCUCCACCAGCAUUCAGGGGAUCAUCUUCUGCUUUAUUGCCGCUCAGCCCGUCCUGGUCAUCGGUUUCUCGGGUCCUCUGUUAGUGUUUGAGGAGGCCUUCUAUGCUUUCUGCAAGUCCCAGGGCAUUGAGUAUAUCGUGGGCAGAGUGUGGGUCGGAGUGUGGCUGGUCAUCAUUGUGGUCAUCAUCGUGGGCUUUGAGGGCAGCUACCUGGUGCGUUUCAUCUCCCGCUUCACCCAGGAAAUCUUCUCCAUCCUUAUUUCACUCAUCUUCAUCUAUGAGACCUUUUCCAAGCUAUGGAGUAUCUUUAAGGAUCAUCCGUUGGUCCUGAAUUACGAUCACCUCAAUGCCACGCUAGAAAAUCCCUGGCAACCAAAGGUGCGAGAGGUCGUCGUGAACGACAGCUUGACCGGCAACACGACUGUGAUUGUCAAAACCAUCACGCCGCAUUACCCCAACACAGCACUGCUCUCCAUGUGCCUCAUGUUCGGCUGCUUCUUCAUCGCUUUCUUCCUGCGCCAGUUCAAGAACGGAACUUUUCUCCCCGGAAAGGUCAGGCGUUUGCUGGGUGACUUUGGCGUGCCUAUUGCCAUUUUCAUCAUGGUCGUCCUGGAUUACAACAUCAAUGAUACGUACACUCAGAAACUAGUGGUUCCCAAAGGUCUGACGGUGUCCAAUCCGUCUAAAAGAGGCUGGCUCAUCAACCCUUUCGGAGAGUACAAGGCUUUCCCCGUGUGGCUGAUGUUCGCAUCCUGCGUCCCGGCCAUGCUCGUCUUUAUUCUGAUCUUCCUGGAGUCUCAGAUCACGACUCUGAUUGUGAGUAAGCCCGAGAGGAAGAUGGUCAAAGGCUCCGGGUUCCACUUUGACCUGCUGCUUUUAGUCGGCAUGGGAGGGCUCAGUGCAGUGUUUGGCGUGCCGUGGCUCAGUGCCGCCACGGUGCGAACUGUCACCCACGCCAACUCUCUCACCAUCAUGAGCAAAGGACCCAAACAUGUGAUCGAGAAGGUGAUGGAGCAGAGGGUCAGUGGCAUUCUGGUGGCGUUGCUGGUUGGCCUGUCGAUUCUGAUGGAGCCGAUCCUGAAGCUGAUUCCCAUAUCGGCCUUGUUUGGGAUCUUUCUCUACAUGGGAGUCACGUCACUCAACGGCAUCCAGCUGUGGGAUCGUAUGCUGCUUCUGAUAGUGCCUAAAAAAUACCACCCGGACAAACCCUACGCCACCAAAGUGAGCACAGGACGGAUGCACUUGUACACGGCCAUCCAGAUAGUGUGCCUCGUCAUUUUGUGGAUUGUUAAAUCCAGUCCAGUAUCCCUCGCACUUCCCUUCAUACUCAUCCUCACCAUUCCUCUACGCAUGUUUAUGACUGGGCGUUUCUUCAGCGAACUGGAAAUGAAAUGUUUGGAUGCUGAAGACGGCGAAGUGAAAUUCGAGGAGGAACCGGGGCAGGAUGUAUACUGUGAAUCUCAGAUGCCCCUGUAGAUGUUUUCCAUCUCAGCUAUGAUACCAGAAUUUAUUUUAUUUGAACAAAUAGAUGUUUAUUUUAUAUAUAGCUCAAAUGAAUGUUUCAUCCACCUAUAAGGAAUACGUUUUUAUUGUCUUAAUUCAAAAAUAACUGUAUGGUGUCAAUAUGGAUGAACAUUAUUAUCUUGUAAUAUUGAUCUUGGUCAAACAUUCCUGAAGAGUUUUCAACCAGCACUCAAGUAAAAAAGAUGGAAACAUUUUACAUUUAAAAGAUGCACUUGUACACCAUGAAUUGAGAAAUUAAUCAUGUUUGCACUCAAAAUAUGGACAGAUUGGAGGCUCACGGGAAAAUAUUGUAGUGUCAUUGCAAUGACACAUUGAAUGUAUGUUAAACAAGGUCAUAAGGUCAUUCGUAAUUUAUCCGGCAACAUGUCAGCAAAGUGUAGAUAUUUUAGCAAGAAUUUUGACAAAUUAAAUGGUCUGCCAAUGAUAUAGUCAAGGCAAGAAUAAACGUUUGGUUAAUUACAUGAAAAACGCAACCUUUUGUACGGUAAUAAAAAUGUCCUGGUGUACUGCCACGAUUCAGCAUCCUCCGGCUCAAUAGGAGGCGCUGUGAACAACAUCCGCCGAAUAAACCACACGAAUGUUCUU